GACUGGCUGACCCGGUAUGGCUACCUACCCCCUCCGGACCCGUAUUCUGCCCAGCAACAGACCCUGGAGAGCCUCCGAGAAGCUGUGAAGACCAUGCAGAGGUUUGCUGGCCUGAAGAUGACGGGAGAUCUGGAUGAUCGGACGGUGGAGAUGAUGAAGAGGCCUCGCUGUUCCCUCCCUGACGUCCUCCUAUCGGGGCCCCAAAGGAUCCGCAGGAAACGCUACGUCCCAAGUGGGACAGUAUGGCAGAAGAAGGAUCUGACCUGGAGGAUGCAGAGCUUCCCCAUCUCCCUGACACAAGACACCACAAGGACAUUGAUGAGGAGCGCGCUGGAGGUCUGGAGCCGGGAGACGCAGCUCACCUUCACCGAGAUGGAGGGGGAGGCCGAUAUUCGCGUGGGCUUUGUCGGAGGAACGCAUGGAGAUGGCUAUCCCUUCGAUGGUCCAGGCGGCACACUGGGACACGCCUUCUUUCCCGGUGUCGGCCCGAGCGCCGGAGAAACUCACAUGGAUGCCGAUGAACAAUGGACCUACAACAUGGACCAGGGGACAGACGUCUUUGCGGUGGCCGUCCAUGAGUUUGGACAUGCCCUGGGGCUCUCUCAUUCGUCAUCAGAGCAGUCUAUUAUGAAGCCGUACUACCAGGGGACGCUGGGCCACCACAACCAGUACAGGCUCCCGUAUGAUGACAUCGAGGGGAUCCAGGCCCUGUAUGGUAAAAGAGACUCCGCCCCCGGACGACCGCCACCACCUCCAAGGCCCACCCAACACCACAUCCCCCCCCGAGGGCCCACCUAUCAGCCCCGCCCUCCAUUUCUUGAUCGCUGCUCCACCCAUUUUGAUGCCAUUGCAAACAUUCGAGGGGAAGUGUUCUUCUUUAUGUGGGAGCAUGAAAGGUGGAAGGAGGGGUCUGGGUGUCACCACAGGAACAAUUUCUGGGUGUUUAAGGACACCCUGGUGGAGCCAGGCUACCCGCGCCUCCUCUCCGAUUUCGGCCUGCACACGGACGGGAUUGAUGGAGCUUUCGUCUGGAAGCACAACAAGAAGACCUAUUUCUUCAGACAGAACCGCUUCUGGAGAUACGACGAGACGCUUGGCAAGAUGGACGGCCGCUACCCGCAGGACACCAAUCUGUGGCAAGGGCUGCCACUGGCCAUUGAUGAUGUCAUCAGCUGGGUAGAUGGUAACACGUAUUUCUUCAAGGGCUCCCAGUACUGGCAGUUUAAGGAUGGCGAAGUGGAGGCGGAGCCUGGCUACCCACGCAGCAUCGCCAGAGACUGGAUGCACUGUAGGAGCGAGUCUCCACCGCAGCCCACAGAACCCACCGAGAGACGGGACCAGAGGGGCUGCAACUGCCCAUGCCCCGAGGGAAACAAGGCGGCCCCCUGGACAGCCAGCAUGCCGGUCGUCGUCAUGACCCUCAUUGUCGGCAUGGUUACCACCCGAUACUAG